CGAUAACUUUGAUCACAACAAGUCAAAAGUCACAGGAAACGAUAACUUUGAUCACAACAAGUCAAAAGUCACAGGAAACGAUAACUUUGAUCACAACAAGUGUCUAAAAUUUGCCGAUGUGCUUGCACAAGAUGAACAAGCAUCUAAAAAGAGAAUUGAAAGAAAUUUCGAAAUUCUAAGUAUGAUUGAUUCAUAUCAACAGCAAGGCAAAAAGACUGAAUCAAACAUCAAAAAGUCGAUUAAGAUGUUUGAUGAGCAGAGAGCCAAAUGUAAGGGGGCAACACGACAUUUAAAGCGUCCCUCGAGAUUUCUUGAUGAGUUCAACCGAUUAGAAGAUCGACUGAUGGAUAUCGAGCGGCAAACAAAAUAUCUAGCCGAAGGUCUAGAUGAUAUGGAAGCGUAUAUUACAGAAACACUUGAACUUUUUAAUGAUGAAAGUAAAAUGGACAAUGCAGCGGCCAAAUAUGGUCCUAUAUUGAUUGAUGAUGAUUAAAAUAACUUAUAACUUGCAUGUAGAUGGCAGCUGAGGGGAUGUGUAAUAUAUAUUUAUAAAUAAUUGUAAUAAUCAUAAUAAUUGGGCAAAUUGUAAUUUUGGGUAGAAAUCAUGUAAUAUUUUUUUUCA